AUGGCUGUGGAAGAGCUAACAAAAACCAAGGCCUUCAUACACCAUCUUAUCACUGGUCGUUGGUUCAUGAUCUUUGCCUCAUGUCUCAUCAUGGCGGUUUCAGGGGCAACAUACAUGUUUGGUUUAUACUCCAACGAGGUCAAAGCCUCUAUGGGGUAUGAUCAGUCAACGCUCAACUUGAUAAGCUUCUUCAAGGACCUUGGUGCCAACCUUGGAAUUUUCUCUGGGUUGAUCAAUGAGGUAAGCCCCCCUUGGGUUAUACUAGCCAUGGGAGCCACUAUGAACUUUGUUGGCUACUUCAUGAUAUGGCUCUCUGUCACUUCACGCAUUGCCAAACCCCAAGUGUGGCAAAUGUGUCUCUACUUUUACAUUGGUGCUAAUUCUCAGUCUUUUGCUAAUACUGGUGCUUUGGUCAAUUGUGUCAAAAGCUUCCCAAGAAGCCGUGGAAGUGUUAUUGGUCUUCUCAAGGGUUAUGUGGGCCUAAGUGGUGCUAUUUUCACUCAGCUAUACCAUGCAUUCUAUGGUGACAACUCCAAGGCUCUUAUAUUCCUCAUUGGAUGGCUUCCUGCUGCUAUUUCCUUCAUUUUUCUUCCAACAGUUAGGGCAUUGUGUAUUACCCCACAACCAAAAGAGAUCAAGGUUUUUUACCAACUUCUUUAUAUUUCACUUGGGGUUGCAGGGUUUCUCAUGGUGUUGAUAGUUAUACAAAACAAGUUGAAUUUCACAAGGGUGGAGUACAUAGUGGAUGGCACGAUGGUUCUUCUCUUGCUUAUUCUCCCACUUGGUAUUGUGUUUAAAGAAGAGUUCAAACUUUGGAAGAACCAAAACCAAACCUUCACUGGUCGUGCAGAUGCUGCCACAGUUAUUGAAUUGCCACAACCAGAAGAAGCACAUUCAGCAGCACCAUCCCAUUUGGAAGGGACAAACACUUCAUGUUUAAAGACCGUUUUCAAAUCUCCAAAGAGGGGUGAAGACUACACCAUCUUCCAAGCUCUUUUCAGCAUUGACAUGUUGAUUCUGUUCACUGCAUCAGUUUUUGGGGUGGGAGGAACAUUGACAGCUCUUGACAAUUUGGGACAGAUUGGACACUCAUUGGGGUACCCCAAAAAGAGCCUCACAACUUUUGUGUCCCUUGUGAGUAUAUGGAACUAUCUGGGAAGAGCAUCUGCUGGCUUUGCCUCAGAAUAUUUAUUAACCAAAUACAAAUUCCCUCGUCCCUUAAUGCUCACUCUAGUCAUUCUUCUCUCCUGUGUUGGUCAUAUUCUAAUCGCCUUUGGUAUCCCAAACUCACUUUACUUCUCUUCAGUGAUUAUUGGGUUUUGUUUUGGGGCCAUAUGGCCCUUAAUGUUUGCCAUCAUAUCUGAAAUAUUUGGCCUCAAAUACUACUCUACUUUAUACAAUUUAGGUGCUGUGGCAAGCCCUGUUGGAUCUUACAUUCUGAAUGUGAGAAUCACCGGUUACUUGUAUGAUAAAGAGGCUUUGAAGCAGUUGGGGAUGAAGGGACUCACAAGGCAAAAUGGGAAGGACUUAACAUGCUUGGGAGUGCAAUGCUAUAAGAUGGCUUUCAUCAUAAUCACUGCAUCAACGUUGGUUGGUUGCUUUGCUUCCUUUAUUCUAGUCUUAAGAACCAGAAAUUUUUACAAAGGUGACAUUUAUGAUAAGUUCAGAGUUGAACUAGACACGGCAGAGAAUCUUCCAACGUUUGGCACCACCACAAACAACGCUGAAGAACCAGAUAAAAUCAACACGAAAUAA